CUCAUAUAAAAAUGUUGUCACUGUUCAUCCAUAUUUAUCACAAUUCUCGAAGACUUCGCUCGUCGGUCUCGCUUCUGAUACUGUACACGGUACGCGGUGGUCGUUGAAGCGCGUAGAAGUACCUCCUCGUCGAUGGAUUCUUGUGUCUUCUACUUGGAAAAAAAUUGUCUAUCCCAGAUGCGCACAAAGAUGCCUCGUAGAAAAAGAGAGUGAGAUGAUCAUGUUGAGAGGUCUUUGUCGCACUCGCAUCCGCUUCAUGGAGGCUUCCUCACAUUACCAGUACAACUCCUCCCAGUUGUACAGCUACAGCUGCUCGAACAUGCUCAGUUAGAGAUAAACAGUUGUCCGACAGCGACAAUCAAGCUUUUUUGUCGCACAAUCAGGCAUUUGUCAUAUCAAAACUAAAGCACGCACGUCACAGUGCUCUAUUUUUAGAAAUGUUCGGUUCAUGACUCAGAAAAAAAUUUUUUGAGGCUAUGAAUAACAAGAAAUAACUUCACGAGAACAAGCGUUGUCCGACGCAACUUUAACUCUCCCUUUUUGGUUCAUAAGUAUGAAAUUUUGAAAAAUCAUCUGAAAAGAUAGAUCAUUUCUAGUAUGGUAGAUUAGAAGUGGAAGUAUAGAUCGUGAUCGUUGUGUUGGUUCUUCUAGAAAGAUACAAAAAAAAAGUAGAAGAAAAUAUCGUCCUCUUCAUCAUCAUCCUCGUUCCGCCAAGUGACCCGCUCUUUCAAGAGCGGCUCUUUUUAGAGGAUGCGGCGAUGGGCAGAUAUGCGCAGUGACGAUGAGUCGGAGGAAGGGUCCCAACGUUUCUUGACACGACAAGAUGACGUCAGUUAUCAGGGUACUUAUAUUAUAAAUAUACAUAUACUUACUGAUGUCAUCUUCGAGAUAUAUUUAUGAAUGGUUCCGGUAUUUGGUAACCUGAAUUUGAUCAUAAGGGAAAACAAGAAGAGAACCCUUUUUAGGAUCAAACUCAGAGCACCAAAUACCAGAACCAUACUAUUUAGCUCUUGGCCUCGCGGUAUUAGCUAUCAUACUACAACUAGCAAGGCUAUGCCUUGUCCUCAAUCUUCUCUUUCGCAACGAUCCACAGGUGCGCCAUCAAGCGAGGUCGAAGACUCGCGAAGGGGUCUCAACGCUCGCAUGAAGCAUGUAGCGCGACCGCAGCUGAAGCGAGUCAAUAGUGAUGCGCCGCUCAAAAUCGAGGGCACGGGAACCGCGAAUAGCAGUCCCCACAGACCAGAAAGUCAGAGCCAAAGUCAGAGGUGCAAACCAGAUGAUGCCAGCAUGGGCGUCAACGGCAACAGGUGUGGGACGAGAAAUGAGCCCUCACCAUCUCAAGACGAUGCUAGCAUGGGCGUCAACAGCAGGAGUUGUAAACUCUCUCAAGAAGAUGCGAGCAUGGGACUUGGUAAUAGCAGGCAGCGAGACGACAGGACAGCAGCAAACAACGGCUCUUGUAGUUCAGAAAAACAAAUACAUCAAGUAGUGGCGAAGCCAUCUGGUAGCGCUCAAGAAGCAGAUGUUGGUGCCACUUCUUCUUCUACUGCACUUCCUCCUACUUCUAGUGGCGUAGUGGUUCAUCAAGCAGCAGCUGCUCCAGCAGGAACUUCUGCGUCCUCGUCCUCUUCUAGUAACAAACAUCAAGCGACUUCUUCAGGAGAGUCCGCCGGUGUUUCGGGCGCACCUGCGACAACAGCAACUAAAACAAGAGGACUGCCAUCAAGCUCAACCUCCGCUAGUUCGUCGGCGACCGACUUUUCUGCGCUUUACGAGCGUCAGAAAGAAGAGCAAGCGGAGGCAAAUGGUAAUCGUCAUCGCCUAAUAUGUCUACCUCUGCGUCCGGCCUCUGUUUUGAUUUUUAGUUGUGUUGAUUUUGUUUCUUCUUCUAUCAUUUCAUUACGUCCAUUUCAUAACUUCCUUUUGGUGUUAUUAGUUACAAGUACAAUUCUUUACUUCCUCCUCGCAACUACAGGUCUCACUGCCACGUCCGCAAUACCUGGCCGCAAAACGAGUGGGGACGGUGAGGCUUCGUCAGCUUUUCCAAUGAAGCGGAUGCCCAUGAAGCGACCUAGAGCGUCAUCGAUAAAGCAAACGCCCGGAAGUUCGCCGAACGAGAAUGGUACGACUAAGGAACAAGGACAAGGAGCAACAGGAGGAGGAAGGCUCAGUAUCUCGGAAGCAGCGGGGGCUUCUAGUUGUAGCGCUGCGUCAAGUACUCACUUUUUGAUCAUGUAGAGCUCUUCAAACAAAACUCGGCGGCAUUAUCUAUGUAUCCGCGCCAGCAGUUGGCUUUUAUGAUGAAUCGUGUCUACAUCUUUUUCAAUACGAAUACCAUAACCACACCAGGUGAUGCUCGCGCAGCGGCGCCGGCUGCUCUUAUCGGUACCAGCGGCGCUGGUGGAUCGACGUCUUCAACUGCUAACCGAGCCAAACGAAAGAGCAAACAAGGAGCCCCAGAAGCUGGCAGCGUGCCGAGCUCGUCAUCUUCAGUAGCAGGGGCUAGCACUAAGGGCAGUGGCAAAUGGUACGGCAAAGGCUACAAAGGAAAGGGGGGCAGAUGGAUGAAUGGCAAAGGUCACAAAGGUGGCUUAUUUGGUGGCAAGCAUGGAAGCAACUAUCCAACUUCAUCGUGGACAAUGCUUGACGCAGACAAUCCGUCACAAUUUGGUCAGCAGUUCCUACAGCAGAACGGGACACCUGGAGCACCAGGCAGCCAACAGUGUUGGGUUAUGACGACAGCGGGUGGUUAUCAGAUGCUGGCUCCAGCAGAUCAGGCCCAGCAGAUUCAAGCGCAGCAGUCGUUUAUGACACCCGUCAUGACGAGUCGCUCGACUGUUUCGUCGGUGUGCUCCUCCGACAUGCUUUUCGCUGCAAACAGCAUCACAGCAGGAGCUGGCGCAACGAGCGGGGCCGUAACGCCAGCGCUGUCCGUGAUAGACGACGUUACUGGUGGCAUGAUCGGGGAACUUCAGAGUUCCUGCACUGCUGUUGAAAAAAACAUCAACAGAAUAACCACGUCGGCGACAAAUGGCGUGCCGCAAGAAGGUUUAGAACAUCCAGGUCAAAAUCAACAACAAGAGCAGAAUGGCAUGAUGAUGACUGGCAGUAGUACAGCUAGUUCAUCAAAUGCACCGGCAUGGACAACAAGAAGUGGUCUGCGUGGUGGAGGAGCUCCGACGAACGACGGCGAAGCGCAUGCGCAGCUGAACUUGUCACCCGACUGCACUAUCGAUGGAUUGGGUCCUGAUGGUGUGAUACCGCCUACACGAACUUCGUCAUUGGUGUCUGGCUCGGGCCGUGUUUUUCUGCCGAAAAACGCCGCGUCUGUGUUAACAAACAUGCAGAAGGACUCCAUGUCUGGAGGCGUUGCCUUUGUCAUUGACGGGAAGACGUUCGUUGCUCCGCCAGGCUUUGACUUCUCGGAGCUACAGAAUGGCGCGCCGAUCAUCAUGGAUGACGAGGACGAAGAAGAUGGAGAUGCAGAUGCAGAAAUGUCACAACUAAUGGGGGGAGGAGCAGGUGGAGGCGUUGUUGUUCCUUCUGGUGGUAUAAUGGGUAGUAUAGGAGGUGGUAUAGCAAUAGCGGAAGCAGGUUCAGGUGGAACAUCUUCAGAGGCUGGAGGUGCAGCGUCUUCAUCUACAUCAAGUUGCUCCACGUCGAUGGAUGUAACUCCAGGAGCUGCCAGUGUUGGAGUUGCUGGUGGUGCUAUACAACCUCCGAGGCAACGACCGCCUCGCGUCGACCUCCUUGAUCGCCUAACGCCUCCGACUUCUGGUGACCAGGUAGUGGCUCACCAUCACGACCACUUACAAGCACCAGGUCCGCACAAGGAGCACAUUAGCUUGAAUCCAGGAUGUGCCACUACUUCGUCGUCUUCGAGCACCGUUACACCGCGACAAAGCGUGCAGCUGUGCCAGUUCCCAGUAGGGACGAUGGAUCACUCGAAAUUGCUGGGACACUUGGAGUCGAACGCAGCGCGAGAUCGAGACGACGUCAGUACGGAGCAAGUGGAGUUGAGCACUGAACAGGCAGAACUGGAAGACCAAGAUGAUAAUGACCAGGGUGUAGCACCAGGAGGAGCUUCAUCUAGCGCGAAUGAAGACACCAGCGAUCAUGAUAAGAAAACAGACGUUGGUGCGAAAAUGGAUGAUGUGGUCGUGGUACCUCCACCAGAAGUGGUGCAUGAGAUAGGCCUACACCUUCCUGGACUGCCGCAGCGCAAGAAUGGGACAGAUGGAACCAUGUCGAGGACGAACUCCAUGCGCAUCGAAGAAAUCUCGCUUACUUCACCUACCAGAGCGCCCCCCGCGUCGGAUUUCACUGCAGAAGAGCUAGCCGCGCGUAUCAUGAAUCCUCCUGGUUCGUCAUCGUCAGGUACAGCUUCUUCUUCCUCAACAUCAGGAGGUACUACUAGCAGCGUCCCAGUGGUGCAACCCUUUCCUCCACUUUCCAACAAUGGUCCGACAGCAACUCCAGUGUUCAAUUUCAACACUAUGUCUGCUGGCAUGGGCAUGUUAUCCUCGACGACUGCUACAGCGCCGGGACCUACGAGUAGUACAACGAUGCCAGUCGUGAUGUACAAUCCGGCCACGGGAACGAGUAUUGUGAACCAGGUCGCUGUACCUGCUGCUAGUCCGAUUCUGAAUCUAGGACAGUGUCGAGGGCCUCUGGAGCAAUUACAUCCUGCUUUUUCGAAAAGGUUGCGUGCCGGGACUAGCACGACGACUGCGGAAGUCGAAUCUUUGAUUUUGGAGAAGGGACCGAGGAAAAGGAAAAAGUACUACUCCUGUUUGUGUCACAUAGGCUGUAGAUCCUGGCUAUUCAUGUUGUAGUAAUGUUGGUAAUGGUAUACAAUUCCAGAAGAUUCUUUCAUGUUGAUCAUGAGUUCAAAAGGUCAUCGUCAAUCAUGUACUUGUUACCAACUGCCUGUAAUAAAUACAUUGAGUUUUCAAAAUUGACAGGGUUUCUCAUGGCAAUACGCGACACGGACGCGAGAACUUGCGGAAUAGGGCACCGCGUGUUGGUACUACUUAUUUGUUGAUCGCAACGUUGCAUACUAAACCGUACCUUUUUCUUGACGCUAGAAGAGAUCAAGAAGCAUUCACGUAUAUUUUUCGUAAUUCCUGAGUAAGCUCCGAUGAAGGAACCUUUCCAUCGAACUAACCCACAGACGGCAGCGACCCAGCGGCAGCAGAGACACGAGUCCAGACACGAAAUGCACAGAUAAAGCACUUCAAGGAUACGAGAAUUUACGUCCGCCUCACAGAACUAUCAGCGAUGGAUACUACUGGCAGGCCAGAGACUCCGAAAGUCUCUGUCACCGAUCCGAGAAGACAUUGGAAGUAUCUAUUAGAGACAAAAAGCUUCACUGUGAUCCUAGUGCAUGCAGUAUAGAUUAGGAAGAAAAUAGUACUGAUAGUGAUAUUCCGUUUUUUACAAAGAAACCUUUGUUUUGACACUUUCCAUCAUGACCUCUACUUUCUGCCGCAGUUGACGAAGAAAGAUUCACAAGAAAUAAAUAAUAACGAAGAAUUUUGAGGCACUUCUGUGUCCUUGAUAUUGUUUAGUCUCCCAGAUAGUACAUGUAGAUGUAAGACUAUGUGAGACUCAUGCCAUGCCCACACCACAGAGCCCAAUACGAAAAUUGGCGAAAAGCAGCUGUGGACUUUGUCGUCGAGCGCGAUCCCGAGUACAAGCACGCGAACGAGGAAGAGGACAUGCCCUCAGUGGCGGAUGAACCGGAUGAGUGACAGUGAUACAAAACGUGCUCUUGUUACUUGCUCCAUUAUCUAUACACAACAUUUUUAACUACUUUUUUCACGAUCAACAAUCUUCACCAGUUAUUUGAACUCUUCAGCAAAGAAAAUAUUAACACUAUCUACUUUCUACUACAAAUUUAACAGGGAAAUUGAUUAUAUCUUGUUCACAAAGGCUAUGGCUUAUUACACUAAGAAAUAUACAUCCAUCUACGAACUUCAAAAGUUUCUGUCUUACGAAGCUGCAAUUCUUCUCUGUUGGUCGGCUAGAGUGGUUGGACUAGAAAUGGUUAAAAUACCUUAAUUUCUACCAAUACCUCCACCUCUUCGAGCCACUGACAGAGUCAGAGUGAACAAGGGUUCAUUUUCUUGUGAAGUGUAUGAUAUUUUUGAAACAAACCUAUAAUGGGAGCAUCUCAAAGUAGAUGGCUUUCUUGUCUUAUAUGAUCGUAUCGGCGCUGUCUUAUUAUAACGUUAACGCUAUUUCCUUUCAAUUAUGAACAAAUAUUACUGAUUUCAAACUAUGUCUUCCAGAUUCAGAGGACGCAAAGUAUUCUUCAAUAAAUAUCAUAUCUAUAAUCUUCAAGACUUUUUUUGACCGACUUCUUCGACGAGGAGCAUUGUUAAUAUGCUAUUACCCGUGGGUCGUGGAUUAGUAUGUUGUUGGGUAAGUGCUGGGAUCUCGCGACGGCAGCGCGAGCAGUAGUUGAGUCUACUGAAAAUCAAAAUUUGACCUCCAUAACAGGGAUGAAAAUCAGUGCACUUCCCUAGUAUAUGAUUGAGCAUUCAGACUAUUGAUGCAGAUGCAGUUCUUAUAGAUGUCGUGAUAGGUAAUAUGAGUUGUCGUAAAACACGAAAUGCACAAAAGAUAAGCAGACAGGUGAAUUGGCAGUCAAACAGAAUGAGGGGAGGUGGAAUUGAUAGAUUCAGCGCGCACAGUACUAAUCUCCGACGGACUUUCUACUUUCCAAAAUUAACACGCAGGCCUUAGCUUACAUUUAGAUGAAUUAAAAUUUCAUCAAGUUCAAGAUGCAGGUUUGGAAGUUACUUAGUUUGUUGUGGUAUCUAUGAUAAUGGUACUACGACGAGUUACAGUUAAAUCCUUUCGGCGAAGCGACUGACUCAACAGACGGAACGUCGGAAACACAGCUAUUGCUUGGUACACUAAUUUGGUUGUUUUUGUCUGAGGUUCAUCAAUCAUCAUGCUUUGUAAGUCGUAUUUUUUAGUAACAGUACUUCUAGCAGAACAUGAUGAUGAUAAUAUUGUAAAAAACACUUACUUCUAGUCGGACACGAGGGCCACCAUUUUUAUGAUGUAACAAAAGCAUGCAGCUAGCGCUACGUAACUCUCAAGGCUUUGUCCGUGUAUAUCACCUUUUCGUUAUUUGUCGUGAACAAUCAAUAUCAACGUAAAACGAUUGAAAUUGAUGCAUGGGAACUCUUCUUCUAUCUCUGUUAUCUAUCCUGUAUACUACGCCUAGGAAAAUGUUCGCAACCUCCUGCUUCCUUGUUGCCGCUGUAAUUGUACUACUCUUCUCCUAAUUAAAAAAGUCCUCCCCGCGCCCGCCACACGCAUAAAAAUCAACGUUUCGAACUGCCUAGAGGAUCAUUACGACCUCGAUUCCCUCAACAAACGAUAUUCGUCCAUACAACAACUGCCUAUUAUACCAUUGAAUAAAUUCAGAACUAAACACCUUUCCACUACAGCACAGUAACCACCUAUAAGCUUUUUCUUGGUAAAAAAUCCAACUAUCGUUGUAAUCAUCGAUCGAUUUCCAAGUCAGUUUCUUAUCUCCUUCUUCGUCUUUGCUCUCAGCAUCUCUCGGGAAAAAUAAGGAUGUUGAACGUUGGUUUAUCCAUUUUUUAUGAGUUUACGUUGGUUUACAGUCAGGAGAGUUAGUUACUAGUAUUAGACUGAAUAGAUGAGUUGUCGCAGCCAGUCGCGUCGUCGUAUAUUUUGAUAGAUAUAGCAGAACCACAACUAAAUUAUAGCUUCUAUGACAGACGGGGCUAUAAUAAGGACAAUAAAUAAGCACAUUUUUCGAUGUCUUUCCACAUCAGAAACCAUUCCAUUAAAACGUACACGCUCUUGUAACAAAUAAGAGUUGUCUUCAAGAACAAACGGUACAGGAUUAUGGUGCGUGGACCCGGUGAAGAGGAUUCCUGUAGAACAAGAAGAUCUUGAGUGACGUGUGUUCUAUGACGACUCCGCCAUGAUAGCAUUGACUGAGAGAAGAUGAGAGCUCUAGUACUAAAACAAGGACAUAAUUGAGAUGUUUGAAGUUAGAGGAACAUAAAGAUAAUAAUAUGUAGUUAAAGGUGCGUAGAUUCGGACCACCGCGUAUCGCCACUUGAAGAUUGAUUGAUUGCGUAGGCGACAAUAAAACUUAUGAAUGCUUCACUACAGUUUCA